AUGCUUAACGAAAAAUUUGAAUCCAUUGAUUCUCGUCUUAAAACGUUUGAUUCCAUUGAUAUUGGGAUGAAAAAUCUGCAGUUGAGGCUUGAGUCAAGCGGUGAGAACCUAAAACAGUUAGAAAAACUAGACGAGAAACUUAACCAGUCUAUUAAUUCCUUGAAAAACGAUAUCACCAAGUCUUGGUCAGACGUGGUAAAGAGUAAUUCUAAAAUUGUCGAUAACGAGGCUGCUUAUUUGAGAAAUAUGAUCAGUACUUCAUUUUCCGAUGUGGUAAAAAAGGACCUCGACGUAGUUAGUAAAGAGGUCAUCUCUGUUCGCAGAACAAUUGAAGUGGCAAAUGAAGUUAAGGCCCGUGAGAACAACAUAAUUCUCUUUAAUUUCAGCGAAGACUUGGAUGUUGCUAAAGAUAGGGGCAAUGUUCUUGGCUUUUUAAGGUCCCCAACAGACGAGUCUCUGAAAGAUGAGGACAUAUUGAAAAUAUUCAGACAAGAUAUAUGUGUACUGACCGAAACAUGGCAUGGAUCAUCUGAUGAUAUUUCUGUGAAAUUGGCUAUGCCUUAUGGCUUCUCAUUUAUGGAUUAUUUGCGCCCACACGACCCUAAUCAUGGAGGAAUAAUUGUAUAUUUUAAGAAUGUUUUCAAGGUUAAAAAAAUAGAAUUACCAGUGGUAAAUUCCUUUGAAUCACUUGCUAUUAAAUUUCGGUGCGGUAAAAAAACGAUUCUGUUAUUGGCAGUUUAUCGACCGGGUUCUGUACCAAUUACUCCUGCAUUUUUUGAUGAGCUUACAUCACUCUUGGAGCAGAUUUCGUUAUUGGCGGACUAUGUCAUUCUUACGGGGGAUUUGAAUGUUCAUUUGGAAAAGGUCCAUAUGGUAUUUAUUCCGAUUAUGGUCUGGUCCAAGUAUGUUUUUCGAUUCCGCUAA